AACGCAAGUAUGUUUGUUUUUCAAUUUUUAUUGUUUUAUACAUUUAUUCAACUUUUUUGAGUGGAAGAUGAAAGCGUAAAAUACGAAAUAAAGUUGCUGGAAUUGUUUCCGAAUAUUUGGAAGAACUUAAUAAAAUUUCAUAUAUUCUGUGUAAAGAUGGAGUACGUAGAACAGCAGACUAGAACGCUUGCCAGAAUAAAAUGUUGCGAUUGUGAUAUUCUCAUAGAGCCCAAUCCAUCAAAUAUGUGUGCUGGAUGUCUUAGGAAGCGAGUGGAUAUAACAGAAUCAAUAUCAAAACAAGUUGUCAUCCAAUGCUGUAAACUCUGUGAAAGAUACUUGAACCCACCGGAUAAAUGGCUUGUUUGUCCUCUAGAAUCAAGGGAAUUACUGGCAUUUUGUCUGAAAAAACUUAAAGGAUUAAAAGAGAUUCACUUAGUUGAUGCUACAUUUGUAUAUACAGAACCUCAUUCAAAGAGGCUAAAAGUUAAAUUAACUGUACAGAAAGGAGUAUAUGGUGUUGUCUUACAACAAGAAUUCAUCGUAGAAUACGAGGUUCAAACUUUUAUGUGUUCCGAUUGCCAUAAAAAUGAAGCUAAAAACUUUUGGAAGGCUGUUGUACAAGUGAGACAAAGGGUGCAACAUAAAAAGACAUUUUUCUAUUUGGAACAAUUGAUAUUGAAACAUAAUAUGGGAGUGAAUUGUCUCGGCUUCAAAAAAUCUCCUGUUGGAGUGGACAUGUUCUUUGCUAAAAAGGAUGAUGCUCGAAAAUUGGUGGAUUUCUUUAUGGCAGUUGUGCCUUGCAGGUACACAACAUCUCAACAACUGAUUUCUCACGAUACUCACAGUAAUACCUUUGAUUACAAAUAUACAUUUUCUGUUGAAAUUGUUCCUAUCUGCAAGCAUGAUGUUGUCUGCUUGCCUCUAUCACUGUCUCGUACAUUAGGAAACAUUGGUCAAAUAUGUGUUUGUCAUAGAGUCACCAAUUCCAUUUAUCUUAUUGAUCCUCGUACUCUUCAAACUGCUGAUGUAACUAGUCAGCAGUAUUGGAGAACACCUUUCCAUGCUAUUGGUUCAUUGAAAAAUUACACUGAAUAUACAGUGAUGGAUACAAAUUUUAUUUCGGAUUCUGAGCGAAUUACUUUUGCUGGUCAAGGACGAAUAUCUAUGAAGCAUAAUCUUGCAGAUGCUUGGGUUGUAAAAUCCAGUGAGCUUGGGAUAACAGAGAGUUUAAUUCAUAGCCGAACUCAUCUUGGCCAUCUUUUAAAGCCUGGUGAUUCAGUACUGGGAUUAGAUCUAGCAACUAUUAAUAUCAAUGAUGCUGAGUUCAACAAAUUGAAAAAAGAAAAUCUGCCUGAUGUGAUUUUAGUGAAGAAAAUCUUUGGUGACAAAGCAACAAGACAGAAGCGAAGAAGGUGGAAAUUAAAACGAUUAGCUAUAGAGACUGAUACUGAUACAUCUAGUGUUGCCAGGGACUAUGAUGAUUUCUUGGAAGAUUUAGAAGAGGAUCCUGAAUAUCGCCAGAAUGUUAAUAUUUUUAGAGAUAAAGACAAACUUCCUGUUGAUGAAGAUGAAAUGGAUGAUGAUGUGCCACGCCUUACCCUCCAAGACAUGAUGGACGAUUUAAAUUUAGAGGAAGAUGCCACUGGUGAAGAGGGAGGACCUAUGAUGGAAUAAAUAUAAACUUGUUAUAAAAUAUGUAAAUAAAAUUUUUUCAAGCGAA